AGGCGAAGUACUCGGGCAAGUUUAUUUCUAUAUGGUUGUUCCCCAGACUCAUCUGCCGGUAUUAGUUGCGGUCCAGUGCCCCAAUCUCUCCUGUGGUUACUGCCGCUGUCCCGUUAACAAAAGGUGCACCCUCUCCUGGCUGGUUCAGUCCUGUCCGGGCUACAUGGACAGUAAUUAGCCUCGUGGGGGAGCGUAAGCCUCAAUUUUAUUGGCCAGCUUAGUUGUAGAAAGAAAGAUGCACUGACUUUCAGGUCUGGUGCUCUUAACAUAUAAUUCAUAAUAAGACCAGGAGAAUAUGUCAACAGAGGCAUUAGACAGUAGAAUUGUGGAGAGACGAAUACUGUUACCUUUCGUCCUUCAAAAUUGUAACUCAGUCAAAUAAGAGUCGAAAAAUCAGUGAAAAUUUUCUCGAUCUCAUGAUCUUCUGUACUUCUAUUUACCUGCGCACACAAACAAAUUAGACCACACGGCAGGUCGGCAGAACGCAACGAUUACAAAAGACUAGCAAAGGAUGGCUGACCAAACCUCAAAAGAUUCGCCGUGCACCUGCGUCAGCAUGAUAAUCAAAUUGGACCCGAAUUUGCUGCAGAGAAGGGAGUCUUUAUUCGCGAGCUCUGAAGCUCAGUCCAUCAUCGAGCAGAUGACGGGGGUCUCCGGCAACGGGCAGGUCAUCCUCAAGAAAUCUACCAAAUCGGAGGCUGAAAAACCCGCGGAGAAAGCACCUACGGACGAGGCACCAUCGUCCGCGGAGGGCACAGAGGAAUCCAAUCGAGUCACCGAGAACAAAAAGGCCAAGCCGAGUAAGGCGCAACCAAAAAACUCCAUUGCUGAUGUUGCCUCGAAAGUGAUGAAUACCAACAAGUUGUACACUAACGACAGGACCGCCCGUGCGGUCAAUAAGUGGCGAGCAUUCCGCGAAAGGGGGGAAAAAACCGGAUUGGCCGAUGAAGCGGGGCGGGAGCAGAGCGGAGCCCAAGACGAAGAGGACCAGAAAGCUGAGGAAGGAGAGUCGAACGACAAGACCACGGACUCCGCACCGUCGAACCUGCCUACCUCUGCUUCGAAGACACCCAUCCAUGCUAACGCCGUGGAAGCUAACAUAGAAGAUGAUAAAGAAACCGACGAUGACAGCGACAGUGACAACGACACGAAAUCCACCAACAAGCCGCGAGUCGCGUCCCCAACUCCCCCGAUAUCCCCAGUCCUGAACAGACCGGCUCGUGCCCGAUUCGGUCGCCGGUACUCCAUGCCGUUAAACGCGUUACCGACCACCGGUGCUCCGCAACCAUCUCCGGCCGGCUCACCCCAGCACGGCACCCCGAGAGCCUCCAGGGACUCCUCGCCCCUCAGCGCCCACCGUCCGCACCUGACGGCUGCCAUCACGCACCUGCAGAACAACCGGGAGAAGUUGUCCACGCUCUUCGACAAGAGGUCGGCGAUGAUCUCCACUUUGGACAGGGGACACGAAGUCACGGGGGCAGGGGGAGAGCGAAAGGUGACGCGGCUGUGUCGCCGUCGUGCCUCGGACUCCACUGCCACUCUGUCCGACUUCCUCCAACAACAACAGAUCAAACUGACUGGGAACGGUACGGGUAGACUUUUACAGCGGCGCGGGUCCGUCUGCACUACCGGCCUCCGUAACCGACAGACGCCCAGUCAGAGCCCAAGAGGUGCCCCGAUCUUAAACGACCAUCGACCCCAGCUCAAAAGCCGAAGCUGCGAAGAUGUCGCAGCGCAGAAUCAGCGCGCUCAGCCUCACCCUCCAUGGCCGUACACCAGUGGCAGGCGGGGGUCUAUCUGCGUUGGCCAGAUCGCACAUGCAAAAGACGAGUCCUUACCCGGUGCAAAAUCCCCACAGAAGCCGGUAGACAGGGAGGCUUCACUCGGACCGAUUUGUUCGGUCAAAAAGACUCUCCAGGAUAAAACUACGGAUGAAACAUGUGGAACGAACAAUGAUUCUGUGAACAACAAGCCACCAGAACAAGGACCGUCUCAUCAGUACAUGAACCGAAGACGAGGUUCGGUAAGCACGGCACAGAUCGCCCGUACUCGAGAGAUGAUGCAGGAGCGACAAGCACUGGCCAACAGCGACCCUAAGAAGAACGAACUAAGCAAGAGCGUGCCGCUGACCGUGGCCAACAUCAAGACCCACAAUUCGCUGCUGUCUCCGUACUCAUUGCAGCUCUACAACGAGCGGAUAUCAUCAUCAUCAGCAGGACUGACUAAGACUGGAGAUUCCACUAAAUCAGCUGAGAUUGUAGACAAAUCGUCUGCCCCUGACGGAGCUGACCAAGCUCGGAGGAGCUGGGAGAAACGAGAGCCCAAGCGGGAGGAAGCGGUUGGAGGGAAGGAGGCAGGCUCCUCACCACGCCGUGCUUCAACCCCGGCCGUACUCAUGCCUGAUUCCACCAAUCAGCAGAGCUACUCAUUGUUCCUGCGGACAGAAAGCGAGAUCAAAGAAGACGUAGAGCGAGAGAUUCAGGAGAGGGUGGCCCGCAGGAGACGCGAGCUCCUGGCGGUCCGAUGCGUCAGCGCCAAGGGGGCUCAGCGGCUCGAGGCCCGGGCUCUUGCACAGUCGGCGGCAGGUCGACUCAAGAGGAACCUUCAAGAGGUGACCAAGCAGCGAAAGACCAAAGAACUCAUGCAGAUUGAGGAAGAAAGGAAUCGGCUUUUCAAACAGAUGCUGCUGCUGUCUUGAUAUUGAGACUGAAAAGUCAAGUUAUGUAGGUCAAUCUUGACUUUACAAAAAUAGUCCGUCAAAACUCCCGUCUUAUUUCUUCUAACAUAAUCAGACUCUCAUUUGCUCAUUAUCUUCUCAAAGAAAAGUUAAUCUGGUGCAGUCAUUCAUGUUGGCAAGCCCGGUAUGAUUACCACAAGGAUCGCUUUUGGGUUUCAGUUGUCAUCUACAAUCGAUGAGUCUAUACUCAAACAGUGCUGUCUCCUGCCAAUUCCAAGUUGGAUCUUGGCUUAGAAGAAACCAAUGUCUUUCUAGAACACAAAUAUGUGAAUACACCUCCGCAAUGGAUUUGGGGAGUUCAACAUUAUCCAAGGGAACACAAUCCGAAAUUAGGAUUCCUUUUCAUUCGUUUAAUUUCACCAAUCCCAGUUAAUACGGCAGCUUGUUUUGAGGACAAACUCGAGCAUUAUACGUUACUUUGGUUUAGUCUUAAACAUUCUUAGAAUUUGCAUCCGUUAGUGUUCGGUCAAACUUUCAAUUUCGCGUAACGAACAUUCGUAAUAAUUUAAUUUUAUUAUAUUUUUGUUAGUAAAGUGUUUUCGAGCGCUAUAAAUGAUAUUGGAGUAUUUCCGUUCAGUUACUCAACUUUUACCAAAUUUGUAAUGUUAACUCAUUAACAGAUUAUGAAUGACAUAAUUCGACUCCGAAUGCUGAUGAUGAUAAUUGGGUUCUAGGUAUUACAUGGAUAAAUAAAAAGAUGUAGGCCUCUUUUUUGAUAACAUAA